AGAAUUUUACGGGAUCGGAUCGGAUCGGAUCGGGUCGAGUCAUAGCAACUUCUGCGCCUCUUUUCCCGUCGAAGGUUUCGUUCUUCCCAAGCCAGUCCCGCGACGCAGAUAGAACUUGUCCCUCGUUUUGGCUUCGAUCAAAUUCUAGGGUUUUCUACGUGCUUCAUCGAUUUUUUUUUUCCCCUACACGGUUUUCGUUUUGAAGAGAGAGCGCAUUACGCGGAUUUUCUGGUUUUCAGAUACAGAAGUCACAAGAUUGAAUCGUAUCUGUAGACUGAAUGUUAUAAUGGAGUCUAAAGGUGGCAAGAAGUCUAGUAGUAAAUCCUUAUUCUACGAAGCUCCCCUCGGCUACAGCAUUGAAGAUGUUCGACCCAAUGGUGGAAUAAGGAAGUUCAGAUCUGCUGCUUACUCCAACUGUGCUCGCAAACCAUCUAUGGCCUUAGCGGUAUCCGCAAUCGGUUUUGAAGGUUAUGAAAAGAGGCUAGAAAUAUCAUUCUUUGAGCCGGGCAUAUUUGUAGAUCCUGAUGGAAAGGGUCUUCGAUCUCUGUCAAAAGUUCAAUUGGAUGAUAUUCUUGGACCAGCUGAGUGUACUAUAGUUGCUUCACUGUCAAAUGAUCAUGUGGACUCAUACGUUCUUUCGGAAUCUAGCCUCUUUAUUUAUCCAUACAAGAUCAUUAUCAAAACGUGUGGAACAACCAAGUUACUACUCUCAAUCCCACCCAUUCUAAAAUUUGCUGAGAUGCUUUCCCUUGCUGUAAGAUCUGUGAGGUACACUCGUGGGAGUUUUAUCUUUCCUGGAGCUCAGUCAUAUCCACAUCAUAACUUCUCAGAAGAAGUUGCUGUACUGGAUACCUAUUUUGGGAAGUUUGGUUCAGGCAGCAAGGCUUAUGUUAUGGGUGGGUCUAAAAAACCACAGAAAUGGCAUGUGUAUUCUGCGUCUGCUGAAUUUGCAAGCUCACGCGACUCUGUUUACACACUAGAAAUGUGCAUGACUGGUUUGGACAGGGAAAUGGCAUCUGUAUUCUAUAAAGCCCAAUCAGACACUGCAGCUGCGAUGACCAACAAUUCUGGUAUAAGAAAAAUUCUUCCAGAAUCUGAUAUAUGCGAUUUUGAAUUCGACCCCUGUGGUUAUUCCAUGAACGCUAUUGAAGGAGAUGCAAUUUCUACCAUUCAUGUUACGCCUGAAGAUGGUUUCAGUUAUGCAAGUUUUGAAACAGUUGGGUAUGAUUUGAAACGUAUGAAUCUGAGGCUGCUGGUUGAGAGGGUAUUGGCUUGUUUCCAUCCUAGUGAAUUAUCUAUUGCGGUGCAUGCCGAUGUUUGGGGUAAGUCAUUUGAGCAUAAUUUUUCACUGGAUGUCAGGGGAUACUGUCGCAGAGAGAGGAGCCAUGAAGAGCUUGGAAUUGGCGGUUCCGUUGUCUACCAGAGGUUCGUGAAGAAUGGAGACUGUGGUUCUCCCAAGUCAACUCUGAAAUGCUGGCAAGAGGAAGAACAGGAAGAAGAAUAUUAUUAGCAAAUGUUUAGUAUCCGUUGUGGUCUGCAUCUUUGAAUUAAAUAAAAGCAUUUCUUGUCAGCCUUACUCUGAUAAGGCAUAGUCCUUUAGUUUUCUUCAAUGGUAUGAAGCGAUGCCUAGUCAUAGUCAUCUCUUGCACUGCAGAAGCUUUUGUCUGGCAUUAUUAGUCAGUCUUAACCUUCUUGUCUUUAUGUUAAUCUUGUCUGGCGACUGUUGGGUCUCUUUUUGUUUUGUUUUAAUGAAAUGUUGGGUCUUAUAAUGAGAUUACAGAGUCGUUAUUGCA